GGUGACUUCAAAAACCAGAUAGAAUCCCAACGACCAGCACACAGACUGUGAACGGAGCCUACACAGACGGAAUUUGAGUCCUGUGCGCGUUAUCAAACUAUAUCGGUCUUCCCAUAUGACUGAAUGCCCUUUGCAAUAAUAGUCAACCUCAACGGAUUAACCAACGCGGCAGGUGGCUCAGUGGUUAUAGAUGAUGUCUUCCUCCUGGUGUCUGCCUCUGGCUCUCCUGUUCUCCACUCUGGCUGUUUCACACAGCGCUGAACCUGGCUCCACACAUGCAAAGAGGAGACUGGCACAGCCCUCGCCAGGCAGUGGCAAUGCCCUCCAGUACCCUGAUCAGGGCUUCCAGAGUCACGGGCAUGGGCACGUUAGGGAGCGUGGAGUGGGGCAUGGUGGUCAGGGGUCCCGUGGUGCCAAAGCCAGUUCUGGGGCUGGGCUUCUCUCCCGCAGGCCCCUGCACCCCGCAGCUCGGCCUGAGGAUGAUGGGACGGGUCUGGAGGGCCUGAACCCGGUGAGACUGGAGAUGGGUCCUGUGGGCAGGGAGCAGGAGAAGGGUCGUGGGGGCUUCAGGAACCCGUCUCAUGCCCGAGAGAACCACCCUCUGGGGCCACGCAAGGGGAGGGGCCAGGGGCAUGGGCACCACUUUGACCAGAGGAGACAUGGAGGUCGGAGAGAUAAGGGUCGGCUCACUAAAGGUUUUCUCCCUGAGCCUGAGCUGGGCUCUGUUCUGAAGAACAGGGAUCUGUCUGAGGAGGGAUCUGUCUCCUCCGCCGCUGCAGCCGCCUCCUCUCACAAAUUGACCCCGCCCACUGAACCCCCCUCCCCCAUUUACGUGGUCUUUGGCUCCGGCUCCUAUGCGGUUUCCACGGUGAUGAGCGAGCAUCUCCCAACGCUGCCCCCAGCCUCCACCAAACCCCAGAAGUCUAGCCGGGGGAAGAUGCAAGGAGAGGUGAUGCCCACUCUGGACAUGACUCUGUUUGACUGGACAGACUACGAGGACAUGAAGCCAGUGGACGCCUGGCCAUCUUCCAGGAAGAAAGACAAGCGGCGCAGUAAGAACCUGAGCAGUGGCAAUGUGACAGUGGACACUGAUGCCAUCGAGCCAUGUGACCACCAUCUGGACUGUCUCCCAGGCUCCUGCUGUGACCUGAGACAACACGAGUGUAAGCCUCACAACCGGGGCCUCAACAACAAGUGCUAUGAUGACUGUAUGUGCGAGGAAGGGUUCCGUUGCUAUGCCAAGUUCCACCGGAAGCGUCGAGUGACCAGGCGAAGGGGCCGCUGCGUAGUGCCAGAGUCAGCCAACAGUGACCAGGGUGCCUUCAUCACAGUGUGAGGGGCGACAGACACACACCAGAGGCCCCCACACACACCACAAAUUGAACAUGACCACUCCCUCUGACAAAAGACAGAACACAGGUUAUACAUCACCUGACAGUGAUAGUUCAUUCAGCAUUUUCAUACUACCAACUCAUAUCAUCUCCCCCACUUCAAUGCCACAAAAUCAUGUACAUGUAUGUUAGGUCCAAAACAACAACUGUGCAGUGUCUGAUUAUCUGUGUCCUGUACAUAUGAAUGUCUUUUCUGAGAAUGGAUUGAUUACCAAUUGCUUUUCUACUGAUAAUGUUACACUACUCUUUAAAAGGUAAUUAGUAUGAUAAGCAAACAUGUUUGUUUGAGUUUCCUUUUAUAUGUUUAACUAUAUGUUUUAUUUAUACAAUACUUCAAACAGAACUCUCUGUCUAUAUUGUGUUUUUUUUUUCUUCAACUUAAUUGUAUGUGAUUAAAUUCUUGUACAAUGAU